UGGUGGGUGGAGAACAAAGAUGAGUGCAUGUGCUGCAAGCUGUGUGUACAGUACAGCUGCUGUAUAGGUUUGAUUCACAGGCCUGUGAAUACACAGUAUGACGGACAGAGAGAUCAUUGUCGUCGGAUGUGGAGACGAAGAGACACAGAUGGUGGGAGUUUAGAUGGUGUUAUUGGUCAUUUAAUAGAGGUUCAAUUUGGCAAAGGGGUGUCGCUUCUGUGCUCACUGAAUCCACACUGAUGAAGCUCCUGACCUACAACAGGAAGACGCUUUCAGGGAAAGCUGAAAGGAGUCGCGAAGGUCUGGCCAGACCCGCUCACUGAUCGGACCAGGUUUGCUUUUCAGCCGCCAUGUGGGAGCCGAGCUGUGUCUUUAUUAAGACUCGAGGAGGCCUUUGGUUUGGGGUUCUCUUGCUGGACUACAGAUGAGAGCUGUGUGCUGCACAGUUGCAUAAGAGAAGCACUUUGCUCCACUCUGCCCUGCUGGCUGAGUGCAUACACUGCAGGUGUUUGCAUGAAGCAGAAUCUGCAGCCAGUGAUCACCCAACGCACUUCCUAAUUCACAGGACACCACGUCCUAAUGACCAAAGCCGGGGUUGUGUACACACAGUGGCUUAUGUAGAUUACGGAGCCGGUCUGUGUUUACAUUUUUACUGUUUUCAUCGAGCCACUUCGAGUCGGGGCCACCAGUGAGACUGAAUGGAGCUGUGACAGAAAUGUGCUGUGACAAGAAAAGGCCAGAGGAGCCAGGAAGGAGCUGGUUAGUGGUGAAAUAGAGAAGUGAGGUGGAGAGGAGCGCGAGCAGGGAUCAUUUUGAGGAAGCAGUUCUGUCGUUGGCGACAAAAAGAGAGGAGUUUUCUUGAUUUGGGUACGAAUUGAUAAAAAAAAACUCAGACAUAUCAGGACAAUGGAGCCAGUGGUCGAGGGCAUAAAAUACCGUGAACAUACUGUGUGCUUUUAAAGCCAACAUACUCACUCAGCAGGGUGUCCUCUCCUACCAAAACAAAGCGCCGCAUCUUGCACACAAAGCAAAUAGAGAAAACCACACGCCUUUAAAUAGAUUACUGAAAAAGAGAAGUGUGAAGUGGACAGAGAUGCACAGUGAGACGCGCAGUGAGACAGAUCGAGAGCAGAAGUUAAUAUCAGCCCCCAGAAACGCGGCGAGCGCGACGACCAGUGCCACCGUGGGACUCCAGAUACUGUGCAGAGCCGAGGUCACCUGGGAUUUACCCACCGCAGCAAUUUCACAAAGCAGGCCGCAAAGGGACGAGGACAGAGAGGAGGAGAGGAUCUGAGGGAAAAGGAAGCGGUGUAGCACUCAUAGGAGAAGAGGGGGGCUCAUGGGAAACCUCCUGAAAGUGCUGGCUUGCGCCGAACUUGAGCAUGGCCCAAUAGUUUUCCUUGACUUUGAACAUGCCCAGCCCACAGAGGCAGAGACAGCCGUUUGGAACCAGGUCAGCGCCGUGCUGGAGGAGGCUCAUGGGAUCCUUGCCGAGCUGCAGUCCUAUAAUGGCGCGGGCCAGGAGAUACGAGAAGCCAUCCAGAACCCGGGCGACCUCGCUCUGCAGGAGAAGGCCUGGAAUGCAGUCUGCCCCCUAGUGGCCAAGCUGAAGCGGUUCUACGAGUUCUCCCUUCGCCUGGAGAACGCCCUGCGCAGCCUGCUGGAGGCACUGACGAGCCCGCCAUAUGCUCCCAUGCAGCAUCUGGAGAGAGAGCAGGCCCUGGCCAAACAGUUCGCUGAGAUCCUUCAUUUCACGCUCAGCUUUGAUGAACUAAAGAUGACAAACCCAGCCAUUCAGAAUGACUUCAGCUAUUACAGGAGGACCAUAAGCAGGAACAGGCUGAACAACCAGCAGCUGGAGGCGGAGAAUGAGGUCAACAACGAGAUGGCCAACCGCAUGUCUCUGUUCUACGCUGAAGCAACACCGAUGCUGAAGACUCUGAGCAACGCCACCACCAAGUUUGUUUCCGAGAAUAAGACCUUGCCCAUUGAGGACACCACAGACUGUCUGAGCACCAUGGCCUGUGUGUGUCGUGUCAUGUUGGAGACCCCAGAGUACCGCUGUCGGUUCACCAACACAGACACCAUGCUGUUCUGUAUGAGAGUGAUGGUGGGCGUCAUCAUCCUCUAUGACCACGUUCAUCCCGUCGGCGCUUUCGCCAAGACGUCCAAAAUUGAUAUGAAGGGCUGCAUCAAAGUGCUGAAAGAGCAACCGUCCAACAGCGUGGAGGGACUUCUGAACGCACUGAGGUAUACGACACGGCAUCUAAACGAUGACAGCACCUCCAAACAAAUCAGGGCCCUCCUGCAAUGAGAAGAAGAGGAGAGAGCGAGUGGGAGAUGAGG